AGGUUGUGGUUGGCUUCAGUCAGCACCUAAGGCAAGUACACAACGUUCGGAACACUGAGGAGAGGAUUCUCCUUUGUAAUUGGCAGUCGGGCCGUGUCAAUAUCAGGCAGGAGCGGUGUCCAGUGACAGGAUGCUCCACCCAUGUCAGCAGGCUGGACCGGCAUAUGUACUCCCAUACAGAGCUCAACAGAGCACAGAGCAGACGGGCUUUAGAGGAGGUGAAGAGACGUCUGACGAUGGAGAGGCUGGCGGCAUUGAGGGUGUCGAUCCCUGCCAACCCAUUGGCCACCGAUUUUGAUAUUGUGGAGACUGUGAGGCAAGAAGAAGAGGAGGAUAACUUUUUAGAUACUUUUGCAGAGGAAGAGGAGGAAGAGGGCUGCACUAAUGAUUACUACCACUGCCAAGCACCACUUUUGAGGCUGCAGAAAGCUGUGCAAGAGAGGGAUGAGGCCCUGACCAAGAAAAGUGAGACCAUCAUAUCCAUCAAAGAGGACAACCUGAAGCUGAUCUCUGAGCUGCAUAGAGUGAGGAAGAGGUACCAGCUACUGAAAAGGAAGAUGGGGAUUCUCAGGGUGAGUCCGGCAAAAGAGAGGUCGGCAAAGAGGUCCCUCAGCUUUCAUGCCGAGGCAGACACAGCCCAAGAGGAGCUGCAGCUGGACCAAGUGACAGGUUCAGGGGACCAGACAGAGGAGGCUACAACGUCCGGAUCUGGCAGCAUACUUAUCUUCCCGGGCUCUGCCAUUAGUGUGUUUCUUGAGGGAUUCAGGAAGACCUGUGAGGGCCCCAAUCCAAAUUAUAAACUAAGGGAAAAUUGUGCUGGAAAGAUCAAAAGGGUGACGCAAUUUUUGAACUACAUGGCGAAGGAUGAGACCUACCAGUCCAAUCUCCUUUUCCUCACUAACCAUGACAAAAUAAGGGGGUAA